UCAUACCUCUCUGCCACUUUGGCAUUACGUCAAUGCCGUAGACUCCUAUAGAGUUGCAGUUCACAUAGCAAGAGGCAGCCAUUGUUUUUACGUUACCUGCAACACUUUUAAAGGGACGAAGUAAUUUGUGUACGGUUUUCUUGAAAUACACUCGUCGCACAUUUGGUGAUGUCCACGAUGAACCCCGAAUAUGACUACCUUUUCAAGCUUCUGCUCAUUGGUGAUUCUGGUGUUGGCAAAUCUUGUCUUCUGCUGAGAUUUGCGGAUGAUACGUACACGGAAAGCUAUAUUAGCACUAUAGGUGUAGAUUUUAAAAUAAGAACAAUUGAUCUGGAUGGCAAGACUAUAAAACUACAAAUUUGGGAUACUGCUGGUCAAGAGAGGUUUCGCACAAUUACGUCAAGUUAUUAUCGAGGUGCUCAUGGAAUUAUUGUGGUUUAUGAUUGCACUGACCAAGAGUCAUUCAAUAACGUUAAACAAUGGCUGGAAGAAAUUGAUCGCUAUGCCUGUGACAAUGUAAAUAAAUUGCUUGUAGGAAACAAAAGUGACUUGCAUGCCAAAAAGGUUGUUGAUUAUACUACUGCUAAGGAAUAUGCAGAUCAGCUAGGAAUUCCAUUCCUUGAAACUUCUGCGAAGAAUGCUACGAAUGUUGAGCAAGCAUUCAUGACUAUGGCAGCAGAAAUAAAGAACCGUGUAGGACCUCCAUCAUCAGCUGCUGACACGGCCAAUAAAGUUAAAAUUGACCAGGGUCGUCCAAUUGAAACGGCAAAGUCUGGAUGUUGCUGAAAUUAGUGCAAUUUAUUGCUGCUGUGUACACUUCCCAGCUCAGCAUGUUGCAGUAGCAUCUGCUUGGGAGAUCUGGCAGGGUUUUCCAGAAACUUUGGAAAUGUGUUAGUUUUUGUGAAUAUCUUUUAUCCAAAGACAGCCUGGAGUACCAUGUGACAUACAUUUCAAUCCAGCCAGUUUGUUCUGCAGUGUUGCUGUAUUAUAAUGGCUGAUGUGCAGGUUUUUGUUCAUGUUUUUAUAGAAAUAGUGUUAUUCUGUGUAUAGAUGUGUGGAGCAGAUCGUGCUGGUGUGCUUAAUUCUGGAAUAGCCCUGUGACUUACAAAUCUGAGGAACCUCGAAAUUUAAUCAGAUGUAUAUUUAAUAUAAACGUUUGAUACUUCUAAGAAUUUCACACAUGUAAAAUAUUAUACAUAGUAUACUUAAGUAUUAAGUAAUAUACAUUUCAGAAAAUAUCCUUGAAGGGUUAGGAUUUCUUUUGGGGUAUUACAUAACCAAAAUUCUUGCACGCUUUAUGCUAUAUAAUUUAAAUACUCGUAUUUGUACAUCAGUUUGGUGCAAAUUGGCCCUUCAGAGUAUUAAUAUUUAAAAGAUUAAAAGUCAAAAUAAAUAAUUCACAAAUAUCAUUCCAUAAAUUAUAUUUCUUGUAGUGUCUUUCUUCCUGAACAAUAAAUAUUCUGAAUGGUUAAAUGGAUGUUUGUCCAUAAUGUGAGCAUGUGUACUGUAUGCAGUUCCCACAGAUAACCUUGGCAGCAGGUAGCUGUGGAACAAUUGCAACAAGUGGUGGACCACUUUAUUGGUUUCACAAUCCUAAAAAAAAAAUUGUGUGAACUAUUUAUUUUUUGUACUUUACUUACUCUACAAUGUUCCUGCUGUUGGUGCCAAGGAACAAUGUUCAUUCUACAUAAAAUGCAUCAACAGCAGGAAUGGCAAAAUAUUGUCAGGAACAAUCCAACAAUGGAGAUGUCCAUAAAAAAUGCAGAAUGAGGUGAUUGAUAACCAGUUAUCUGUGAUCUGAAUUUUAAUAACCGUAUGGUCCACAUUUACACUUUAUUAUAUAAAUUUUGCAGUAAGUGAAGCAUUAGUAGUGUACAGUGAUGAAAACAAUUUUCUGUAAAUUAAUUGCAUUUUGCGAUGCAGAACACAAAUAAAAUUUUGUUUAAUGGA